AUGGCCUCUGAGGUCCCACCUUUGCGCAUCCAAAAGGGCGGCAGCAAUGGGCCUGGCUCUUCGCCGUCCAAAUUGCCACGAAUAACGAAUCGUCCUCUGUCCGAGCUGAGUCCUAUGGCAAUUCGCAGAAACUCUCCAAGUUUCCCGCAACCAAAGGGCAAGCUGUUCAGCAGCGAGAGUUCUCCUAUCGGCUCGUCGCCCUUUUCCUCGAGUUCACCGCGACUGUUUUGGCAGGGCCGCGACCCUAGUUCUCCUGCAAGAGAAAAUACCGAAACUCCUCCCGCCUCCUCCCCCCAGAAGCGCUCGUCCAUUGAGAACUUGAAGAAGGCUUCACGAGUGAAGAACAGUAGCAUGUUUGCCCUCGAACAGAGCACUCACUAUGAUCCUUCGCGUCCAACGAUUCUGGACGGCCGCCCUCAGAGCAUGCAGUUUCCCCGGCAGUCAUCACCAAUCCGUGGCUCGGACGCCGGGCGAAAAGAAAACUUCGCGCCGUCGGACCACACCCAGUCGGCUCAAUCACAAGGGAAACAGCAGGAGGAUGAGUCCAAAAGCACAACCAAUCCUGUUACACCCCUCUCGCCAAGUCGACUGAAUAGCUCACCGGCGAAGUCGUCACUGUCGAAGAAGACGGGUUCAGCGUUCAGAAGCAGUGGCUUCAACCCCGAGACCGGCAUAUGGGAGGACGAUGAAGACUUCCAAGACAGACAACUGCCCGCUGGCCGUGGGUUGCACCGUCAUCAGAAAAGUGUCACGUUUGACCAAGCCCCUCCACAAAUCAACGAGUAUGAGAUGACCACACCCGCGCCUUCUUCAAUCGCGUCCGGAUCGCGAGAGGGGAGCUAUGAAUCUACAGAUGAUGAUGAGGAAGAGGACGAGGAAGCAGGCUUUGAGAGAGGCUCAUCAGUCGACCAUGACGACAGCUUCGACGCGUCCCUUGAGGACACUGAGAAGACCCCGGUCGUCUUGCCCGAGGACUGGCGCUUCAUGAGUCCCGAGAACGCCAACACUGACCUGUCUCGUCAUCAAGAAGAUGUCUUCGAAGAUGACUGCGGUAGUCCCGCCCCGACUGCACAGCCAGGCAUUCCAUCUUACCGCCCUCACCAGACAAGCGCAAGCUCAAUUGACUCCAACGGACAGUCUCGUCCGCUCCCGCCACUUCCUCCAGUGGCUAGCUCACAAGGACAUGCGGGUUCUGACAGUCUCUCUGGUGCAUUUGAGCGUAUGAGCGUUGCUUCGCGAUCACUUCCAAGCCCACCAACAGCUACCACCAUCUCGAAAGCAGACAUUCAGAAGAUCGGGAAUGGGACUUCUCUCUCCGCGGAGGACAGACUGAGAUUGAUGGCACUCCAAGAACAGGAGAGAGAACGCCGGAUGAGGCGAAUGGGUUCCAAAGACGCUGUCCCCGUUCGGUGCUCCAGUAGUGAAGACUUUGUCGAGAGUGGCGAUCCACGCCCUACCCAGUCUGGAUCUGGAAGCUCGACCCCACAGCUUUCCAGGGCGUCAAUCCUUGAAGGUUUGCGUGGGUAUGUUGGUACCGACAGUCGACACAGCAGCGAGGAUAUUCCAGAUGCUUCUCGACAGCGGGAUUAUUCCUCUCUCGAUCCUGACGUUCCCAUACCCUCCCUAGAAGAUCCAACGCAACCGCGCAUUAAAGUGGAGGAAGAUGAAGAGCCCGACUUGUACUCUAUUCCGGACAUGUACAUGGGACGCAAUGUCUCAGGUUCAGACGCGAGCACAAGCCACGAUGACGACCUCACCAGCCAGUAUUCGCAACCUUCGCAGGUGUCUUUCCGUACUCAAAUAACGGAGGAAGGAGAAGACACGCCAAAAGCACAGAGCCCAGCUCGAGAGUUGAACACCAAGCCCAUCACAUCUGAGCGCGUGUCUUUGCCAGAUUUUACCGACUUUGGCAAGACAAGCAGUUUCGAUAUCGGCCUUGCCCCGUAUUUGAGCCACAAAGAGGAGACAGUGAAUCCCAUCAGCACUGUUGCGCCGCCAUCUCAAUUACCUGACCUCGCUGCUCUCCGUCAGUCGAUUCAGCGGCCAUAUACACCAGAAAUCCAGCUGAGGCCAUUCCAAAGUCGCCCAACGUUUAGCGCGGAGCAGCCUGUGCCAGCAACACCUGAAUCCGUGGUUAGACACCCUAUUACACGUCAAGAUUCUCCUAGCAAUGUCGACAAUGACGCAGGACAGGAUGAGCUGGCGGCACAAACGGAAAGUGACCGUUCAUUUAGCCCAUCCGACACUGGUUCUGUUUUGAAUCAUGGCAAGGAACUGUCACCUGUCUCUCCCAUCUCGGCCGAGUUUGAUGAGAGCACAGACACGGCGAAAGACAACUCCACUGAUGCAGAAGCAGGCGACGAGACGCCACCCGAACCUGACAAGAAAGAAGGAGAAAAGAAGCGGGUUAGCAGCCUGUUACCCUUGGACAUCCCCACCACAGGACUGGACGAAGGCCUCGGAUUGGGUCUCGAGAAGGAAUUUGACCGUGUUGUGGAAGCCCAGAAGGUAGAGUUUGAACUCUCAUUGCAACGUCUUUAUUACCCUUUUCACGGACGAUUUCCCUCCAGUGAGGUGCCCGACGUGAAGGACUGGAAAGGAGAAAACCCCAUGGAAAACAUCCCAUACCUCCCUAAACCUCGUGGAGCGCGUCCUCUGCGCGGAGCACAUCUUGCUAUUUCUCCCGAUAGAUCUCCUGAUGAAGAUUCAUUUGCUAAUCGAGCUGGCCCCCGACAGAGAGGAUACUUGAUGAGACAGAACACCAAAAUUGUCGUCGCAAGUGAACGUAUAUCUCAGGAUGAGUGCCGAUCUCCUGGGCUUCCGACGACAACUGAAGAUGGUCUGCUGGGCGUGCCCGCGGAGGCUAAUCAGGUCCACGCAUCACCGCGCAAGACGAGUCAACCAACUUGGACUGCUGAGCCAUGGAAUGGAAAGGUCCGACGGAAGAGUAUUCGAGUUGGUGGGGAAAAGGCCGUCAGUAAGCGGAAGCCUGUCGAAGGCCCUGUGCCGCCGUUACCGGGACAGGCAAGCAAUGCUCAAGAGAGCCUCGACGCUGUUGCGGAAGACGAGAUCGGAGAAGAAGAGGAAUGGGAGGAUGGAGCUGAACGUGGUCGACUCUUUGUCAAGGUGGUUGGCGUCAAGGACCUCCAGAUGCCCUUUCCUCAACACGAACGCACCUUCUUCGCUCUCACACUGGACAAUGGCAUGCACUGCGUCACGACUGCGUGGCUCGACCUUGCUCGAAGCGCCCCUAUCGGUCAGGAAUUUGAGCUGAUUGUGCUCAAUGACCUUGAAUUUCAACUCACCCUACAGAUGAAAUUGGAGGAGCCCAAAGUUGAGCGGCCGCAGUCUCCUUCUAAGCCGCCCCCGUCGCCUAAGAAGCAAGGAGCUUUCGGGAGGCUAUUUGGAUCCCCCAAAAAGAAGAAAGAGUCGGAAGUCAGAGCUCAGCAAGAAGCCCAGGCUGUUAGAAGACCGGUCACGCCGCCGUCUGCAUACGAGCUGGUGCAGGGCCUUGUGGCAAAGGACGGUUCAUUUGCUCGAGCCUACAUUUCGCUCAGCGAACAUGAGAAGCAAGCAUACGGAAGACCGUACACAGUAGACAUCACCUGCUUCAACGAGUGGGCUAUGGAAGAGGUCCACGUGGGCAGUUCGAGAAGCAAGAAGAGCGUGACACAACUCCAGCGCCGCCCGCCGUAUGAGAUUGGCAAGUUGGAACUGCAGUUGUUGUAUGUGCCGAAACCUCGAGGAGCCAAGGAGGAUGAUAUGCCCAAGAGCAUGAAUGGUGCAAUUAGGGCACUGCGAGAGGCCGAAGAACGUCUGGCUCAACAAGCGAACAUCAAGGAGUUUGAGGGCUACCUAAGCCAGCAGGGAGGCGACUGCCCGUACUGGCGACGGCGAUUUUUCAAGCUUGCCGGAACCAAGCUGACGGCAUUCCAUGAGACGACUCUUCAACCCCGAGCAACAAUCAACCUUGCGAAAGCCACGCGCCUCAUUGAUGACAAAACGGCGUUGACGCAAAAGGAGACUUCGACCAAAGGUGGCGGCCGCCGCAAGAGUGGCUUUGCGGAAGAGGAAGAAGGCUACAUGUUUGUGGAAGAGGGUUUCCGAAUCCGCUUUGCCAAUGGAGAAGUUAUCGACUUCUACGCCGACUCGACCGCCGAGAAAGAGCAGUGGAUGCAAGCCCUCUCGCAGGUCGUGGGCAAAGGCGUGCAGGGCAGCUCGGCCCCGAUCAAAGGCUGGACUGAAAUGGUGCUCAGACGGGAGAAGAAAAUGAAGACGGCUGGUGCAGGUCAACGUCCGAAAGCCGGUCACCAACGAACGGAGACUUACCAUGCCGGUGGUGGGAUGGGGCAGUCACACAGCCCGGCGAAGGCAGCGGUAGGCCGCGAGGAGAGGCAUCGAAAGACGAAGAGCUGGGUCCAUGUCGCAUUGACGCACGACUUCACAUUUUCACCACUGGUGGUCCUGGACGGCCGCCGAAAGGCCGUGACGCGAGAUUGGAUUCGGCAAAAAUUAGACCAUUUGCUCUCCUUUGAUGGCGAUGUCACUAGUCGGAAGUUCCUGAGGGCUAUUCUCGUCAAUGACUACGGGACUGACAAGCCGAUCGAUGUUUCCACUCUUCAAGCCCUGGAGGAUUAUUGCUGUAAGGUGGUGUUUCGAUCGGAUGCCCGGCUUGAUCUUGUCGAAAACCCCUUCUUUCACAACAUUCAAGGCCUCUUCAAAGCAUUCAAACCAGAGCCUGACCACCAGGAGGCUUUCAUUCUGUCCACCAUCACCUCACAGUCGGAUGACUACGAGCCUCUGAUGGCAAGUACUGGAGGCCAUAUUCUCGCAAUAGCAGUGCCAUCCAAGUUGGCAUUCACCGCGAGUGAGGAAAAGCCCCUGGCUGGGAUAAGGAUAGCGGUCAAAGACCUUUUCCAUCCGGCCUUUCACCUGGCCGAGCCCAUCCCGGCCAAAAUGCAGCUCAAGUCAUCUCAGAGCGGCUUCGGGGGUACAACCUAG